UUUUACGUCCUUUCACGGUCGGUUUCCGGUAAGACGGGGCAGCAGGGCCUCCGUUUACCGUCUGGUUCUGGUUCGAGGUUUUUGGGGUUUUUGGGGUUUUCUUGGUCCACCAUGAAGGAUCCACAGAUCCUGUAGAACCUCAGAACCGAGUCUUCCUUUAACCAAAACCUCGCUGCAUGAACCGGACCCGGAGGACUGACCCGCUCUAAGAACCGGAUCUGAACCGGUUCUGCUGGACUCUCAGAGGCUUACCCUGUAAAAGCAGAGAGGGGACCGAACCAUCAUGGACCCGAACCGGAUUAUCCAGGCCCUGAAGGGAACCAUCGACCCGAACCUGAGGAUCGCUGCGGAGACCGAACUGAACCAGGUGGGUUCGGAGGAGGUCUGGGUUCAGGGUUCAGGGUCCGGGGGAGGAGGAGGACGGGUUAGUGGUCCGGAGGGGGGGAUAAUGGACCUCUGUGGUCCAGCCUGGUGGUUCUGUAGAUCCUGAUCCGUAUCAGACCCAUAAUCAGAGACUCAGAUCUAUCCGAUCUGAGGUCCAAACCUUCACAGAGGUCUGCUGGUUCUGAAAGGGUCUGACCCAGUUAGAAAAACCAGAACCAUCAGCUGAUUAUUGAUUAUUGAUGAUCGAAGAAAAACAUGAAAGAAAAAAAAUUUUAGGAUCAAAUUCAGUAAAAAAAAAAAACAAAUAAAAACAAAAACAUAAACAAACAAAAACAGCCAAAGACCGAACACGAGAAAGCAGAAAAAAAACAGAAUUUAGUGCUAAAGGACAGAACCGGUCCAGACUUUUGGACCAUCAGAACCCUGAAAACUGGAAAAAACAGGAAACCAAGGAGCAGCUGAAGUCCUCCAUCAGGACAGACUGGACCUUCAGACUCUAGAACCUGGUCUGCUGGGUCUACUAAGGUCUCCAGAACAGGGUCUUCUUUCUCCGUUUGGACCAUAGACUAUUACUGAGAACUUUUCAGCUUUAAUACCCGAAUACACGCAGAAGGAGGAGCCAAGUCAUCCGUAGUAAACACAGUCUUUGGUGGUGGAGAACAGGGGUGGGCAGUCAUGUGUCAUGGAGGGCCGAGAGGCUGCAGGUGAUUUCACUGAUUACCUCCAAGCAGAGAGCAGGAACUAAUCAAUGAAAUCACCUGGUGGAGUUUUGGGUUGGAAGGAAAACCUGCAGCCUCUCGGCCCUCCAUGACACAUGACUGCCCAACCCUCAUGUAGAACAUUCUAGAAUAUCACUGAACAUUACAGAACAUCAAGGACAUUCUAAAAGAUCAAACAUUCUAUAACAUCAAAGACAUUCUAAAAGAUCAAACAUUCUAUAACAUCAAGGACAUUCUAAAAGAUCAAACAUUCUAUAACAUCAAGGACAUUCUAAAAGAUCAAUAACAUUCUAUAACAUCAAAGACAUUCUAAAAGAUCAAAGACAUUCUAAAAGAUCAAACAUUCUAUGACAUCAAACACAUUCUAAAAGAUCAAACAUUCUAUGACAUCAAAGACAUUCUAAAAGAUCAAUAACAUUCCGGAAUGUUUGAGAAAAUUUUGGACUUUUGGAAACAUACUGGAACAGUCCGGGAACAUCAGUGACAUCAUCAAACCUUCUUACGAAUUCUGAAGUCAUCAGAGCCGCUCUGACAGAUGUUAGGGGGACACUGUUGGGUCCUCUGCUCAGUGCCAUCAACUGUAUCUAGAAUAGACGCCGUCUGCCUCUGAGAACAGCGCCCUCUGGUGACGGGCUGCAGUAUAGGUCCUAAACCCCGCCUCCUUAUGGAGCUGUGGACAAACUUUAUAAAUGAAUGACACAGAAUAUAAAUGUUUCUCCCCCCUGGUUGUGAUGUUGACAUGUAGUUACUGUCAGACUGGUUUGUGCUCAAGUCCUCUUUUUUCUGUACAGCUCCAUUUUUAAAAGUUAUUAGGGGGUUCAUGUUUGCUAUGAUUGACACCUGAUACAGCCAAUGGGAGGACAGAGAUUGAGGAGAUCACCCGGGGAUACGCUGUUUGAGCCGAGCGUCAUCACAGCCACUCUCCGUGACUGUGCGCCCGAAUGCGUACAAAGCUACUGAACAAUGAUGGUUUCAGGAAAUGAAGAAAAAUCGCAGAAUUACCAAGAACUUUUCGGCUUCAAGUCCGUAAACUGGAGGAAGGAGGAACCAAGUGGUCCAGAGUAAAUACAGUCUGUGGUUCUGGAUCAGUAGAUUUAUUUAUUUUGUCAAAUCUCAUUUUUUAAUGAUUGACUAAAGAUCUGGUUCUGAUUUCACAAGCUUUAGUCAGAACCAUCCGGACUUUUCUUUAAAGGACCUUGGGUCGUAAACGAUAAUGUGUGUGUGUGUGUGUGUGUGUGUGUGUGUGUGUGUGUGUUUGUGUGUUUGCUGCAGAUUUUCCUCUAAGUAGUAAAAACUUGAAGAUUUUCGUCAUUUUUUAUCGGACAAAUGUCAAACUUUCUCUUCUGUUUGUUUGACUGGAUCUUGUUUUUGUGUUUCAGUCGUACAAGAUCAUCAACUUCGCUCCGACUCUUCUUCAGAUCAUCGUGUCGGAGCAGGUCGACUUUCCUGUCCGUCAGGCGGGUCAGAACCUCAGAAUUAUUCAUGUUUUUCUUCUAUUCAUUAUUCUGUUAAAAUGAAGUUUGAUCAUUUCCAUAUUGAGCCAUCUGAAUCACUGACCUUACAUGUGUGUGUGUCUGCGUGCGUGCGUGCGUGUGUGUGUGUAUGUGUGUGUAGCUGCCAUCUACCUGAAGAACAUGGUGAGUCAGUACUGGCAGGACCGGGAGCCGUCUCUGGGGGAGGUCGUGUUUCCGUUCAACAUCCAUGAGAACGACCGACAGCAGAUCCGAGAUCACAUCGUGGAGAGUAUCAUCCGCUGUCCGGAGUCCAUACGGUACCGACGGUUCUGACCCCUCUUUAAAAACUGUGUGACAACCUGAAAAACAACAGAAAUAAACAAACAAAAAAUAUAAUUAAAAAAAAUAUAUAACACAUAAAUAAAUAAAAAAAAAAAACAUAAACAAAUAAAUAAAAAAUAUAUCAUUUAAAUAAAAAACAAAAAAAAUAAACAAACAAAAAAUAUAAUUAAAAAAAAUAUAUAACACAUAAAAAAAAACAACAACAUAAACAAAUAAAUAAAAAAUAUAUCAUUUAAAUAAAAAACAAAAAAAAAAAAACAAAAACAACACGAGUCAGGAAACAAAGUCAUUUAAUGAAUGAGGAGAAAUCAGUGAAGACAUAAGUAUUAAACCGCGCUGACUGUUAAUGACAUCAGUGUGGUUUUUUUACCCUCUGUAGCGCCCAGCUGACCAUGUGUCUGCGCGCCAUCAUCAAACACGACUUCCCUGGACGCUGGACCGCCAUCGUGGACAAGAUCGGCGUGUACCUGCAGUCUCAGAACAGCGGCAGCUGGUACGGCAGCCUGUUGGCUCUCUACCAGCUGGUCAAAACAUACGAGUGAGUAACCCGCCAACCGCCACCGUGUUUUUCAUGUUCCACCUCAACGCCGCCGCCAACAUCUGAAACCAACCGGAGAAGAUCUGAGGUCAUCAGUGGAGAUCAGGAACAAAACAUCAGCCUGUACAAACUGUGUGUGUGUGUGUGUGUGUGCGUGCGUGUGUGUGUGUGUGUGUGUGUGUGUGUGUGUGUUCCAGGUACAGGAAGGCGGAUGAGAGGGAGCCGUUACUGGCGGCGAUGCAGAUCUUCCUGCCGAGGAUUCAGCAGCUGAUCAGUCAGCUGAUGGCCGACUCCACCAUCUUCUCAGUCCUGAUCCAGAAGCAGAUCCUGAAGAUCUUCCACGCCCUCGUACAGGUGUGUGUUUGUGCUGUUGGACUGUUUUUAAAGUCCGAGGUCUGAUCCAAAGGUUCCUGUCAGUCUAACCGGGUCGGUGGUUCUGGUUCUGACCCAGUUUCUCUGUUUGUCCCUGCAGUACUCUCUGCCUCUGCAGCUGAUCAACAACACUGUGAUGACUCAGUGGAUGGAAAUCCUCCGAGCCGUGAUGGACCGAGACGUCCCCGCUGUAAGACACUCAGACACGAACACACACAGGAUCAGACGGACUCACACUGAGGUCCAGAAUAAAGUCUGACUUGAAGGGGACACACAGCAGGCCGCACAGUCACCCUUCAGUCUUAAUGAUCUCUGUUUUUACCAUCGUAGACCAAAUCCUGAUCAGGGUUUCUUAAAAUCCACUGACUGGCCCAGCUCUGAAACAAACGGAUCAGUUUGGGGGUCCAGGUCUAACCUGGUGGUGUUUUUAUUCUGAAAUCCAAACUCUGACUGAAACUGUUUUUUCUGGAUCUCAGGAGACGUUGGAGGUGGAUGAGGACGACCGUCCUGAGCUGGCGUGGUGGAAGUGUAAGAAGUGGGCGCUGCGUAUCAUCACCAGACUGUUUGAGCGGUGAGUCCAGAGCUGCUCUCAGACCAGCAGGAACCAGAUCUGCUGUCAUGAGCAGCAGCCAAUCAGGUGCUUCUUCUCUGAUUUACAGGUAUGGAAGUCCUGGAAAUGUGACGAAGGAGUACUACGAGUUUGCAGAGUUUUUCCUGAAGACGUACGCCAUGGGAAUACAGCAGGUCAGUGUCCGCCCUAAAAGGUUCGGUCCAAAUGUCUUCAGCGGUCAGUCAGAUCUAUCGUAGGAUCUAUCAUUAGUCAGAUGAAUCAGGCUGAUGUGUGUGUGUGUGUGUGUGUGUGUGUUUACAUUUGUCUGAACGCCGUAAAUGAAGAGUGACCUCAGGAAGACCCUAACCCUAUUACCACGUGGUGAAAGAGAUGGAGAACGACAACCUGACCAGUUUUAUAACACUGAUAAUAAUAAUAAUAAUUAUAAUAAUUAUAAUGAUAAUAAAAACAGUAGUUAUAAUAAUAAUUACAGUAAAAACAGUAGUUAUAAUAAUAAUAAUAAUAAUAACGAUAAUAAUUAUAAUGAUAAUAAAAACAGUAGUUAUAAUAAUAAUAAUAAUAAUAAUAAUAAUAAUAAUAACGAUAAUAAUUAUAAUGAUAAUAAAAACAGUAGUUAUAAUAAUAAUAAUAAUAAUAAUGAUAAUAAUUAUAAUGAUAAUAAAAACAGUAGUUAUAAUGAUAAUAAUAAUAAUAAUAAAAAAAUAAUAAUAAAAAUAAAAUAAUAAUAAUGAUAAUAAUAACAAUAAUAUUAUAAAAAAAUAAAAUAAUAAUAAUAAUAAUAAUAAUGAUGAUGAUGAUGAUGAUGAUGAUGAUGAUAAUAAUAAUAAUAUUAUAAAAAAAUAAAAUAAUAAUAAUAAUAAUAAUACUACACUGUCUCCAGUUUGAACUCUUGCUCUCAUACUUCACUGAAACUCUGAUCUGUAGUCGCCGACUCGCUGUUUCUCGCUCGUCUUCACAGGUUCUGCUGAAAGUGGUGGAUCAGCACCGACAGAAGCAGUACGUCACUCCUCGUGUCCUGCAGCAGUGCCUGAACUACCUGAACCAGGGUCUGUCACACUCGCUCACCUGGAAACAGAUGAAGCCUCACAUGCAGGUAGGACGUCUACAGGUGUGCUCAGAGUGACGGUUCGUUCCUGCUUCACCGACAGACGUACAGAGAGGCUGAUCGUGUUCAUUUAUACCGUCAGUUCAGCAAAGUUAACCCUGCAGUGUAUCACAGUACAUACAUGUAUGUGUAUAUAUGUGUGUAUUAAAACAGUUAUUUUCUGCGUUAUUCAGCCCCACAGAAAAGGUUUAAGAAAAAAGACUCUGUUCGGUUGUUUCCGAUUUCACGUUGUGCUGACUGAACAAUAAUGUUUACGGUGACGUUUGUUCGUAACUGAUUCGUCGAUGACGCUCAUGGCGCUCCUGUGUGUCUGCCAGGCCAUCUGUCAGGAGGUCAUCUUCCCUCUCAUGUGUUACAAAGACGAGGACGAGAAGCUCUGGCAGGAAGACCCCUACGAGUACAUCCACAUGAAGUUCAGUGAGUCCUGCGGCGCCGCCCGUUUUACAGUGAUGAUGUUAGACAGUGAUGAUCCGGGUCAACGCCACCGUGCUUUUUAAUGGUUAAUGGUGUUGUAAAUGUGUGGACUGGAGGUCGUCUUCAGUGUUUUUGAUCAUAUCGUCUCUCCUGCAGACCUUUACGAUGAUCACGCCCUGCCCGCCACGGCGGCUCAGAGUCUCUUAUGUAAAGCUGCUCGCAAAAGGAAGGAGGUGAGGGCUCGGAGCGUCGCCUGUGAAAACGACGGAAACUCCUUUUUGUCACUUUAAUGACUCAACCUGAGUUUACAGAAAUGAGACGUUUCUGUUUAACGGCUCCUGACGCUGAAUUUCUGUUUUCCUCUCUGCAGGUUCUUCCUCAGAUCAUGGAGUUCUGCCACCAGACACUCAUGGACCCCUCUGCUGACCCCCGCAGGAAGGACGGGGCGCUGCACUGCAUUGGCGCUCUGGCUGAGCUCUUACUAAAGGUACAUGUGAACAGGAGGUCGAUACCAUGUGACCAUGAGGAGAACCGCUCUUUGGAUCCUCUCUGAACUGUGUGUCUGUGUGCGAUCCCUCAGAAACGGGUGUACAGGGAGCAGAUGGAGCUGAUGCUGCAGAGCUACGUCUUCCCCCUCCUGAACUCUCCCAUGGGUUACCUGAGAGCCAGGGUGAGUGACGCUCUCAUGUCCGUUUGUGCGCUUGGAGACAAAAUGAGAGACUGAGCAGAAAACACACAAACUCCUCCGACACCGACUCAAACCUCAGUGUCUGUUUGAACCACCUGCAGAGUCGUUUAAUCUCCUCAGAGCUGUGAGUUAAUCUGAGAUUAAUCUGAAGUUUAACUCCAGUUUUCAGUCGUCUCUCCACAUCAUGUCGUUUUUAUUUUCUGCAUUUUUAUUGAGAGUUAAAAAAAACGAGUUCAGAGAUCAGUCAGGAUUAGAUCUUAAAGCUCCUGAUUGUAAAAUGACUGUCUGAGUAAUAAUCGAGGAUCACAGUGAUAAUGAGGCUCUCGUUAAUUUAACAACAUCAGUGAUCAAAGUGAUUAAAAUGUUAUUUAUAGCUAAACACUAAUGAGAGUACAGAAAUAAAUCAGUAUAAACAAAGACGGACAAAACUUCAGUUUCCUCCUUUUGGUUCUGAAAAAGCCGAAAACUCAAAUUUAAAGGGAUAUUCUGUCGUUAAAUUAAUUUAGGGUCAAACCCACCGUAACACAGAGUUAGACCCCGCCCCCAAAGAUGAAUGUUGUCGACCGCUUGCUUCUCUAGUUAUACCAACUUUAGAAACGACCGCAGGAUAGUAAUACAGAGAGACACGCCCACAACCAAAACGCCACUCUAUAGCCACAAAUAAUGCUCAGAACAGCACCUAACUUCAUCAACAGGACAUAUAGGGUCACAGACAUAGUACUAGACACCAAACAUCUUUGUAACUUUGACUCAUUUCUUUAAUAAAGAGACUAAACACAACUCACCUACUCUCUUCCAGCAGACGCUUGUUUGUAGAGAGACCUCAGGCCAGUCCAUUACAGACUACAGCGGGGUGCCGCAGCUCAAGGAAGAACAUUUAUGAUCAUUUCUUCAUAGAAAUACAAUCAGACCG